AUGACUGAUAAGAUUGAAAUUGAUAACUCAGAAAACCAAGAUCCAAACUUGACUCCACCACCUCGCUCACCAACCAAGUCCUUGAAUGGUUCUCCAACUAGCAAGAGUAUGUGGGAUAGUGGUGAUCCUCGCAGAAAUCCUCCGCCAUUACCAGCAUCACCUCAAAUGAUAAGGAUAACAGGUAACAAGAACAAGAAUAAUCUGAGUCCAAACUCCGUUGGUAAAUUACAAUUUGCAACAAUCCCAGAUAAUACAGAGAUUGAACAUCAGUUGGAAAGAAUAAUCAAUGGUCAAAGUAAUUUGAGAAGUCUUGUUGUUGGUGUUGAUACUUCGGUGAAGCAAACACAAUUAGACCUAGAAAGCUUAGUUGAAAGAUCUUCAAAUAAUAAUACGCAUUUAAAAGAUUUGGUACAAAAUGUCAAGUCCACAUUACCAGUUGUUGGAGAGAAGAGUAAUAAUAAUGAUAAAGUAGAAAAAUUGGUUUCUGAUGCUUUAGAAUCUAUUCAGGCUCAACAUAAAAAACAUUUGGAACAUAAUGGUGGUAUAAUAGAAAAACUUGAUCAUUUGAAGCUGAAACUUGAAGAUGACUCACAGUCGAAAAAUGAAGAAUUCACCAAAGAAUUACAUACCAACAUAGAUGCUUUAACCAAGACUUUAGAAUUAAUCAAAUCAUAUCAAUCAGACCAACUAAAGAUUGUUCAAGGCUUAGAAUCGAGACUUGAACGCGGCCCAGAUGUUAAUAAAUUAAAUCUAUCGAUUGAUAGUUUAAAGGAUACAUUGAUUGAUUCAGUUAAUAAAAUUGAGACAAGGAUUCAAGAAAGUCCAGUCGCUGAACUUGUGAAAGAAGGCGCUCAAAGAACUGAUGACUUAUCCAAAGAGUUAAAAGACUUGAAGUUCCCAUCCAUGGAUCAGUUAGAAAAGGAUGUUAAAGAUUUGAAAUCUGAUAAUAGCAAAAUAGUUGAUUCAUUACAAGAGAAAAUUGAAGAAAUAAAUAAACUUCAUUCAGUUAAGUUUGCUGAGAUUCAAGAGUCACAAAAGUCAUUAAAUAUCGACACCACACAGUUCAAAGAAUUUGAAUAUUCUAUAAUAAAGAAAUUGACAGAUAAUAGCACACAAUCAUUUGAGAAGUUAUUGGAACAAAUUCAAAGCACGCAUGACCAAAUGUCUACAAAUUAUAAAGGUAUCGAUACAUCAACUUCCUUCUUAAAAGAAGCUUUCCAGAAAUCACUUGAAAAUUAUGAUACCAAACACAAUGAGUUGAAGCAACAUUUUGAAUCCAAAUCUUUAUCAGAGAAAGAAUCUCAAAUACAAGAAAAUCAAAAAUUACAACUAGAGUUAAAAGAUAAAGAAAUUUCAGAGUUGAUAUCAAAACUUGAAACUGAAAAAUCCAAAAAUGAAACCCAAAGUGAGUUAUUGGACCUGACAAAACAGAAAGUCAAAGUUGAAACUCAAUUAGAAGCAUUGAAUAAAGCUUAUAUUCAAAGAUUUAAUGAGUUCAAAGAAUUAACUUCUGAUUAUGAAGAGUUCCAAUCCAAAUUAUCAAAUUUAAAUCUGAAUAAAAUUAAAAACAUAUACGGUGCUGCUGCUAUAACGAAAUUGGCCAAUGAGCAACCUUCACCGUCAAAAGCAAAUAGUCCACGUAAGAAUCCAUUAUCAACUAGAGUCAUGAGUACAAAUUCAUAUUUAAAUACUAACGAAGGGAACUUGACACCAAGAUCCAAAAAGAAGUACGAAUUUGAUACACUUGACCAAUUUGAAGAAAAAGAAAACUUAUAA